AUGAUAGUGUUUCUAAUGCUGAUUUGUAUCAUUUUGUUCUACGUGAACACUGUUUCCGGUUGUAUUCCAUCACAGGAAAUUGAACCGAUCGACGAUUUUACAACUACAACUGUUGCAGUUGAUCCAUUUACAACCACAGCGGUACCAACCACAACCACAAUACCUAUAGAUCCAGUAACUACUACAACUACAACUACAACUACUACAGAAGAACCUACAACAACUACUACAGCCCCAUUUUGCGCUAACUGCUUACAAGUUUACAACAAUGAUUGCUUUGGGGAAGGUAAUCCUGACGCCGAUAACUGGUGUGUUCCUGUAGAUGAGGUUCCUGUCACUAUUGACAUAAAUGCAGCCGGUGAUCAAUGCUCAAGCACAUUCCAAUGUCCAUCGGGAACAUUUGCGUCGUUUGACUACGGUGAGCCAACUGAAGAGUCGGGAGUCAAUGCCGGCAUGGAUCCCGUCACAAUUACUUGCGCAGAGACCGGCGCCAAUGUGGGAAGAUGGUGGUACAAUAGAUAUGAUAGUGUGCAAACGUAUCUUAAUAAGGUUACGUGCAGAAAAACUCCAAGCCCUACAACCUGCUCGGUCUGUGCUCCAACAAUUUACGAUCCGAAUUGCUAUGGGCCAGGUUUCCCAGAUGCAAAUGACUGGUGUGCGACUGAGGCUGCGGUUUCACCUCAAUACUCUUUAGAUCCUUUUUACAUCGACCAAUGCGUCGCAGAAUGGACAUGCCCAACGGGGACAUAUGCGGUGUACGAGUCCGGUGGUACGGUGAUAACGGAUGAAGUUAGUGGAGCAUUUUGUCAAGAAACUGGAGGCAACCAGGGAUCGUGGUAUGCAACAUAUUUUGGUAACCCAAUCUAUUUUGACACUUUCAAAUGCAAAAAUCUUCCGGCUCUCACUUGCACUUUCUGUCUUCCAAUGGUGUACAACCCAGAUUGCUAUGGCGUGGAUAAUCCGAGCAACACCGACUGGUGUUACACUGAAGCCGAGGUCACAGUCAACUAUUAUAGAGAUGUUGAUACUUGCAUUGCGGCGUUCACAUGCCCAUACGGAACUGACGCGAUUUUUGAUCUCGGUGGUACUGAUCAAAAUGCGGGAAGUCAGGUUGUAUCGACGCUUUGUGAUGAAUUCGCAGCCACUCCGGGGCAGUGGCGGAUCGAUAUUGGUGGCGAUGUAAUCACUAAGUUCACGUGUAAAAAUUGGUGAACUAUUCAUCUGGUUUAUAGGAAACAUAUUAAUAAUAAUUAAUAAUGAUGUUAAUAAAGUAAU